AUGUCGACAGCCACCGCGGCGCCGUGGCGCAGUCUCUUCCUGGAGCACGUGGAGGGCAUGAAGUCUCCAGAGUUCACCCUCUCCACCAUCCGGCGCGUGCCGGCAUCCCGGUACGGGAUGGACGCCGGCAGCGGCGACGGCCAGGGCUUCGUCCAGGUGCCGCGCGCCCGCACCUGCAUCUUCCGCGGCAUGUGGGCCAACCUGGCCGUCAACCCCAAGAACGACGCCGAGCUCAACCCGGACUGCUACGAGUCGGAGCUGCUGACCUUCACCACGGACGUGCGCAUGGACAAGAUGCCGGAGCUGUGGGAGGGCCAGCCGUCCGGCGGUGUCGAGGGCUCCUCCGGCGGCGGCGGGCCCGUCGAGGCCGUCUUCUGGGCCGACGCCCCCAUGGUGCAGUGGCGCGUGAGGGGCCGGGCCUACGUCCUGGCGCCGGACGUCGAGUCGUCCGAGGGCGGGCGGGCGGCGCGCGACGUGCUGCAGGCGCGGAUGCGCCGGACGGGGGCGGAGGGCGAGGGAGACGCGAAGGGGGGCUGGAGCUGGGCCCGCGAGCUGACGGCGCACUUCGGCAACCUCAGCCCGGGCAUGCGCGGCUCGUUCCGCAACCCGCCGCCGGGGACGCCGGUCGCGGUGCCCGUGGGCGACGACAGCCUGGCGCUGGGCCAAAAGGUGACGGACCUGCAGGACGCCGUGGCGCGGCGCCACUUCCGCGUCGUGGUCAUCGUGCCGUUCGAGGUCGACCGCUGCGACCUGUCAGACCCGGAGAGGGGCCGGCGGUGGCUGUAUAGGUUCGCGGGCGGCGAGGGCAGCGAGAAGCCGGUCUAUCCCGGCGGGCAGGUCGUCGAUGGGUGGGAGAAGGUCGAGACAUGGCCGUGA